AUGAGCUGUCGCUUUCAGAGUUCCUCCACUAGCUAUGGAGGUGGUUUUGGGGCUGGUUCUUGCCAGCUUGGAGGGGGCCGUAAAAUCUCUACCUGCUCUUCCCGCUUUGCCUCUGGAGGGUCAGCUGGAGGCUACGGAGGUGGCAUGAGCUGUGGCUUUGGUGGAGGGGCUGGUAGUGGUUUUGGGGGUGGCUUUGGAGGUAGCUAUGGUGGAGGUUUUGGUGGAGGUUUUGGUGGAGGGUUUGGAGGUGGCUUUGGUGACUUUGGAGGUGGCGAUGGUGGCCUCCUCUCUGGCAAUGAGAAAAUCACCAUGCAGAACCUCAACGACCGCUUGGCCAACUACCUGGAAAAGGUGCGAGCUCUGGAGGCAGCCAAUGCUGAUCUGGAGGUGAAGAUUCGUGACUGGCAUCUGAGGCAGAGCCCAACUAGUCCAGAGCGGGACUACAGUGCCUACUACAAGACCAUAGAGGAACUCCGGGUUAAGAUCCUGGAAGCCACCACUGACAACAACCGGGUCAUCCUGGAGAUAGACAAUGCCAGGCUGGCUGCAGAUGACUUCCGGCUCAAGUAUGAGAAUGAGCUGGCCCUGCGCCAGAGUGUGGAGGCCGACAUCAAUGGCCUGCGUAGAGUGCUGGACGAGCUGACCCUGUCUAAGACUGACCUGGAGAUGCAGAUCGAGAGCCUGAAUGAGGAGCUGGCUUACCUGAAGAAGAAUCAUGAGGAGGAAAUGAAGGAGUUCAGCAACCAGGUAGUAGGCCAGGUCAACGUGGAGAUGGACGCAACCCCUGGCAUUGAUCUGACCCGUGUGCUGGCUGAGAUGAGGGAGCAGUAUGAAGCUCUGGCAGAGAAGAAUCGGCGGGAUGCUGAGCAAUGGUUCCAGAACAAGAGUGCAGAGCUGAACAAGGAAGUGUCAUCUAACGCUGCCAUGAUCCAGACCAGCAAGACGGAGAUCACAGAGCUCAGGCGCACACUCCAGAGCCUGGAGAUUGAGCUGCAGUCCCAGCUGAGCAUGAAAGCUGGCCUGGAAAGCACCUUGGCAGAGACGGAGUGCCGCUACGCCCUGCAGCUGCAACAGAUCCAGGGACUCAUCAGCAGCAUCGAGGCUCAGCUGAGUGAGCUCCGCAGCGAGAUGGAGUGCCAGAACCAGGAAUACAAGAUGCUGCUCGACAUCAAAACACGGCUGGAGCAGGAGAUCGCCACCUACCGCAGCCUGCUCGAGGGCCAGGAUGCCAAGAUGACUGGCUUCAACAACUCUGGAGGAACGAGCACUGCCUCCAAUGCCUCCUCUUCCCCCUCCACUUCUGGUCGCCUGGACUUCCGAAAGUAUUAA